UGUGUUUACGGUCAGAGGCUCACAACAAAGGAGAGCGCACUCGGAGAGGCUCUUAUCUAUAUCAGCAGCACAUUUACAACUCUCAGCACACGGACAGGCUUGGUGCGGCUUUGUUUUUUUCUGUUUCGGGGAGAAAUUAAAACAAAAUAUUUUGGGGGGGGUUUUAAGCGUUUUUUUUUUGUUGUUUUUUUUUUGGCUAGCGGGCUGGAGCCACAGAUAGUUGGGAGAAAGCAGCAGCUGGUGGGGGAGAAGCUAACAAGCAGCGACUACACCGGAGAAAGAGAAAGGACAGCGUCUUUUACAUCGCUGGCAGGACAAGUGCUGAGCGGGGGCCACAUGAAGCAUGAGAGGGUGGAGCUGAGGCUAAGCUGACCCUUCCCCUUCCUCCACCUCCUCCCCUGCCCACCAUACGAUCAGCACCCUCCCCUCCCCUCCUUUCCCUUUCCUGUCACCCUCACCUUUUUCCAUCUCACCCAGCUCACCUUCCUCUUAACCUCAAUCAGCCAUUCCUAAUGUACUCCCCGGAACAAGAAAACAUCUCCACCACCGCCUCCACCAAAGUGCCAGUGAAGUAUGGAGAGCUCAUUGUGCUGGGGUACAAUGGCUCUCUGCCCAACGGAGACAGAGGCAGACGUAAAAGCCGUUUCGCACUUUAUAAGAGACCGAAGGCGAACGGGGUGAAACCCAGCACAGUUCACGUCGCCUGCUCUCCACAGGCAGCCAAGGCCAUAAGCAACAAAGACCAGCACAGCAUCUCUUUCACUCUUUCUCGAGUGCAGACGGUGGUGGUGGAGUACACUCAUGAGAGCAAUACAGACAUGUUUCAGAUCGGCCGAUCAACAGAGAGUCCGAUCGACUUUGUGGUGACGGACACGCUCGUGGGCAGCCAAACUAACGCAGACACCCAAUCGGUCCAGAGCACCAUCUCCCGCUUCGCCUGCCGCAUCAUUUGCCAGCGCACAUCACCUUACACCGCUCGCAUCUACGCUGCGGGAUUUGAUUCCUCCAAGAACAUCUUCUUAGGGGAGAAGGCUGCUAAGUGGACCACGUCUGAUGGUCAGAUGGACGGGUUGACCACCAAUGGUGUCCUGGUGAUGCAUCCUCGCAACGGCUUCAGUCAAGACUCGAAACCAGGCGUGUGGAGGGAGAUCUCAGUCUGUGGUAACGUCUUCACCCUACGAGAGACCCGCUCAGCGCAGCAACGGGGCAAGAUGGUGGAGAACGAGACUCAGGAGCUGGUGGACGGCUCUCUCAUCGACCUCUGCGGGGCGACCCUGCUGUGGCGCACUGCCGAGGGCUUGUCCCGCACGCCCACCCUCAAACACUUGGAGGCGCUGCGGCAGGAGAUCAACGCAGCCCGGCCACAGUGCCCUGUGGGCUUCAACACGCUGGCUUUCCCCUCCAUGCGCCGCAAGGACACGCCGGAUGAGAAACAGCCGUGGGUUUACCUCCAGUGCGGCCACGUGCACGGCUACCACAACUGGGGCAACCAGCUGGGUGAGCGGGAUGGCCGGGAGGUCCGGCACAGGGAGUGCCCCAUGUGCCGAGCCAAGGGGCCGUACGUCCCACUGUGGCUGGGCUGCGAGGCGGGCUUUUAUGUGGACAACUCCCCACCCACUCACGCCUUUAACCCCUGCGGCCAUGUUUGCUCAGAGAAGACGGCGACCUUCUGGAGUCAGAUCCCGCUGCCGCACGGCACGCACACCUUUCACGCCGCCUGCCCGUUCUGCGGCCAGCAGCUGUCUGGCGAGCAAGGCUUCGUCAGACUCAUCUUCCAGAGCCCACUCGACUAGUGCAGGGCGGCGUGGGGCGGGGUCAAGCGCGGACAAUGCCUAUGGCUCCCCUCAUUUGUGGUCUUUCCUCUGCAGUUGGAUUAUUAUUAUUAACUCUUUUCUGGACUUUUUCUCUGUUGUUUUAAGUGACCUUUCUAUUGCUUUUUUCAUGAAUGACAACAAAGAUUUCUAUAUUUUCACGUGAAACCAGAGACACAAAAACCAAACAAAUAACACUGUUGUGUGUUUUUUUUUUCCCCUCUCAGAACAUCAGUAUUUAUGUAAAAUACUAACAGACCAUGAGGCAAACAUGCAGUUCUUACACAUUAUCGUUGCAAUAUAUCAUCUCUUAGAGCUAAUUUAAAGACUUUUUUUUUUAAUGUCCCACAACAUUAUUGUGUGUCUCUGACAGACUUAAUUAACCUGAGCUGUUAAUUUGAAAAUACAGUAUAUAUAUAUAUAUAUAUAUAUAUAUAUAUAUAUAUAUAUAUAUAAAGUUCUAGCUGACUGUUACACUCUGUGACUUUGACCUUUCACGUCACUUUCUGUGCAUCCGGUCGUAUUUAUACGCCAUUGUCUGGUGUGCGCUCACUUUGUGUCAUGUCCGUGCGUCUUAUCCCUUCAGUUCAUCAGGCGUCACCACGGCCUUUCACGUUCAAAGCAAUAGAUGUGGAACGGACACCUCCUGAUGCAUUAUGGGAAACUGAGUCUUCUCGGGGUUCUCCCUGAACCAACUGCGCCGUCCCUUUAAGUGGAAAUGUUUCUGUGGGCGACCACAGUUUAGCCAAGACAGUGCAGCUGUAGAUGUAGCGCCUCAGUACUUUUGACUACAGUAGAACUCGCACAGAAUAUCGAAAGGAAUACAAAUACACGACAAAAAAGUGCUGCAACUAACCACCAGUGGUGACUGUGCACAAGCGUGUGAGGUCAAUCAGAUGACUGUACGAUGUUUAAGGGUGUAACUGUGCGCUUAGAUGUAGAGCGUUAGAGUGCAUACCUCCGCCAGCGUCCUACAGGUGUUCUCACUUUGUCAUUUUGGUAUAUUAAACCAAACCACGAUUAGCAUUAGCACAUGUGGUGAUGUGGCUGUGGCUAGCAUUGGCUGCUGCUGCAGUUUGUGCUAAACGUGUGAGUUAACUGCAGUCAGUGUAAUCACAUAUCCUCACCCGUCUUAGUCAUAAUUUCGAGUUUUUCAGAAACCAUAAAAAGCUGAACCAAUUACGUAUGUACUCUUGACAUAGGGCAUUAUACUACAGGGGUAAUCACAUAAUCUUUUCAACUGAGGAUAUAGAUGAUUUUACCAGAGGUGGUCAGCAUCACGAAGAGUUAACUUUGGCAAAAAUAAAUAAAUAAGAAAUUGUCAAAAAAAAUGACAGGCCAUUAUUUUAAGAAGGUGGCGAUAUGCUAAUUACAUAUAUGUCAAGGUGUCAACUAUACCGUGUGUGCUAAUGCUAACUGUGGUUAACAUUUUCUGCCAUAUGGCAAGUUGGUGCUUAAAUGAGCCAUAUUGAUAUAACAAAAUUCGUAAAUCUGGUAAUUCCCUGAAAACCUUCAUCACUAUUAAAUCUACAGACAGGCAGGUGGGUGGGGUGGUUAGUCUGGGAGGAAUAUUUAAUAAAAUGUUUGCUUCUAAAAUUGGCCACAUUGUUCAAAACAAUUUUAAAAAAUUUGCUUUAAAUGUAGGAUGUUAUUAUGAGGGGAUUCCACAAAAAUGAAAAAUAAAGUGUUUGGGGUCUGAACCCAAAACUUAAAAAAAAAAAAAAACAACCCACAAACGUGUUGGCACCUUGUAGGCCUUGGCAGAUGUGUAUACUCGUUCUUUAUUGUAAUAACUCACAAACUGGUUCAGCAGUGAUUCUAUGCAGUGUGAAAUCUCACAUUUUGCUCAGGAUUUGAUUCAAUUUGAUGCCUCCAGAAAACUAGUUGUACAGUUUGAAAGUUUAAUUUAAAAGAAGUCAGUAAAUAUUUAGGUAUCAGGUCCACUAUUGAAUCCCACCUUUAAGAUUUAUUCGACUUUAUAACCACACAAUCAUUGCAUGGUGACGUGUUCAUUUUCUGCCCUGCUUUAAAUUUUCAAACAAAAGUAUUUGCAGCUCAGUAUUUAGGAGCUAAAUCCAGACGUUCAUUGGCAAUUAUUCCACUAACAGAUUAGUAAACACUUGUUUACUUGUUGGUCAGACGUUUGAAAUGAUCGUUUCGUGCUCUGUAAAAUUGUACCAGAGUAUUUGUUAUAUUAAUUUUGCUCACUAUUUUAUAACGAUGCAAUUCCUCUUAAACCCAACAAUUCCCAGUUGAAUUUGUCAUGGAAACUGUUGUUGCAGUUCUACUGAUGUGACUUGAUGUUUCCGUACGUGCGCUCUGAAAUGAGUCGAUAUCUGCAGGUAUCAGUAGCGUGCUUGUGUGUGUGUAUGAGUGUAAUUUAUAUGUUCAAGGUGAUUGUAUGCAGUUUGCAUGUCCACAUAUAUUAAUAUCAUCCAUCACGUGUCCCCCAGUGCUCAGACUGCAACGCUCCAAACCACCUCAGGGAGAAAAGAAACAACCUGUGUCACAGCCACUCACAGAGCAAAGGUCUGCUGAGGAUACCUCAUCAGGAAACACAUUUAUUCUGGAUAAUAAUAAAAAAUCAAACGUGUGUCUCCCUCUCCCAGUCCCAUUUUGUGAACUCUGAGGAACUGUGUCUCUUUGUGAAUAAAAUGUGUGAGUAAGGGCUUUACUCUGUCUCUAUGCUGUUACUGCAACCCUGUUUUUACAUGACGUGGCCGUCAGCGUGUCCCGCUUCUAUCCAACCGCCAUCAUCCUCUCUACAGACCUUUUGUGCUUAUAAAGCAUAGAAUGUUUCCAAAAAAACAAACAAAAAAAUAAAACAAAACACUGUUUUGUAAUAACUUUAAACAAUAAAGUGCAAAAGUGAUACAA